GUGGGUGGGGACAUCCAGGUCAUUGUCGGGAUAAACGCAACGCACGUUGACAGGACGCUCUGCUGAACAUUAAUCCGCAUUUCCAAGGAAUAAAUAAGACGCAUUUGGCCACAUAUUGAUUUGAGACAACCAACCAACAUCAUGACUGCAGAGGAGAUCAUAAACAUCAAAGAAGCGGAGAUCAUAAAGCUCAUCUUGGACUUUCUCAACUCCAGGAAGCUUCACAUAAGCAUGCUGGCUUUAGAAAAGGAGAGUGGGAUCAUCAAUGGGCUUUAUUCAGAUGAUAUGCUGUUUCUAAGGCAACUUGUAUUAGAUGGCCAAUGGGAGGAAGUUCUGCAGUUCAUACAACCUUUAGAGUGCCUGGAUAAAUUUGACCGAAAGAGAUUUCGAUAUAUCAUCUUAAAACAGAAGUUUCUGGAAGCUCUUUGUGUAAACAAUGCCAUAUCAGCAGCAGAUGAUCCUGAGAACCUGGAGCUUACCAUGCAGGAUGCAGUAAAGUCUCUCCAUGCCUUGGAAGAGUUCUGCCCAACCAAAGAAGACUACAGUAAACUUUGCCUUCUCCUCACCCUCCCUCGCCUCACCAACCAUGCCGAAUUCAAAGACUGGAACCCCAGCACCGCCCGCGUCCAUUGCUUCGAGGAAGCCUGCUUAAUGGUGGCCGAGUUCAUCCCGGCGGACCGCAAACUGAGCGAGGCUGGUUUCAAAGCCAGCGGAGAUCGUCUUUUCCAGCUCCUCAUUAAAGGAAUACUGUACGAAUGCUGCGUCGAGUAUUGCCAAAGCAAGGCGACUGGAGAAGAGAUCCGCGGAGAGGAAGUUCUCCUAGCUGUAGAUGUGCUUUGUGGUAACGGUUGCGAGGAACUAGACCUAAGUUUGCUUUCGUGGCUUCAAAACCUUUCGUCGUCCGCCUUCGCCUGCUCUUUCGAGCAGAAGACCUUGAACAUCCACGUGGACCGCCUCGUCAAACCAGCCCGGACGGGUCACGCGGACCUUCUCACACCUCUCCUCACCAAACUAUCGCCCUGCCCAGCCUCUCCCCUGCGCAGACCCCAAUCUGCGGAUACUUACAUGUCCCGAUCUCUCAAUCCCGUCCUGGAUGGACUAUCGCACGGUUUGGCUGGGAGGGAAAAGAAAAGCAUGGAUGGGGAUGGAAAGGGAGCAGCAAUGUCGCAGUCUUUUGCUAAUUUUGGGUAUCCAUCAAGCAAGGGUGCGUUGGAAACCAGCGUCUUUGGUGAUUCCCCUGACAGAACACAAGCUCAGUCUGAGAAGAUAAAUGGCUCAGAAGGAACAAACUCACAGGGUCCUCCACUGACACCUGGGAAUGAUGGUGGCCCCGUGGGAUCAGGUGAAAAGUCUGAGGAGCAACUUCAGGAGUUUCAGCGUCAGCGGUUACGAGUUCAACAGCAUCUUGAACAGAAGCAGCAGCAGAGGCAGCUGUACCAUCAGAUGCUGCUGGAGGGUGGAGUUCACCCUCCGGAUCAACCCACAGACACGGCCCGACACAACCUUACCCAGACGUUCCUGAACAGGUCCAUUCAAAAACUGGAGGAACUGAAUGUGGGCAUGGAAGAUCUGGGAGAAGACGUUCAGGCUUUGGCUCAGCAGUGUAACGGUGUGACGGCGGCUGGUAAACAGACCCCUGAAACUGGAUCAGGUGGGAUUAAGGCUUCGGCGAUCAGCAGCACCCCUCAAAAGGGAGGAGGUCGAGGGGUGCCGUCGCUGGAUGAGUCCCCUGUCCUGGUCAACCAGAGUGUGUUUCAGGAUGAGAAACCCAAAUCCCCAUUUGUUGUGGUUGAGACGCUGGAGGAUACACAAGCUGUGCGGGCCGUUGCUUUCCACCCGUCUGGGACCCUCUAUGCUGUGGGCUCGAACUCGAAAACCCUGCGUGUCUGCACCUACCCACGAUCUCUUAAAACUAGCGCACAAAGUCCAGCAAAGCAGCCCGACAUCUGUUUCAAACGUAUUAAGCACCACAAAGGCUCCAUCUACUGCGUCGCCUGGAGUCCCUGUGGGCAGCUGCUUGCCACCGGCUCCAAUGACAAAUACGUCAAAGUUCUGCCUUUCAACGCAGACACCUGCAACGCCACAGGGCCCGAUCUAGAGUUUAGCAUGCAUGACGGUACCAUCAGAGACCUGGCGUUCAUGGAGGGCCCUGAAAGUGGAGGGGCGAUACUUAUUAGUGCUGGUGCUGGAGACUGCAACAUCUACACCACUGACUGCCAGAGAGGACAAGGACUACACGCUCUUAGUGGACACACAGGUCACAUAUUGUCCCUGUACACAUGGGGUGGAUGGAUGAUCGCCUCUGGCUCUCAGGAUAAGACGGUGAGGUUUUGGGACUUGCGUGUACCCAGCUGUGUGAAGGUUGUGGGGACGGCUCUGCAUGGAACAGGAAGUGCAGUCGCCUCGGUUGCAGUAGAUCCCAGCGGUCGGCUCAUGGCCACCGGAUUGGAGGACAGUCGUUGCAUGCUUUAUGACAUCAGAGGCGGCCGAACGGUCCAGUCAUACCGUCCACACACCAGCGAUGUCCGUUCUGUCCGAUUUUCUCCUGGUGCGCAUUAUCUACUCACAGGAUCAUAUGAUAACAAAGUCAUGAUCUCUGAUCUUCAAGGGGAUCUCACCAAAACCCUGCCAGUAACUGUGGCUGCAGAACAUGCUGAUAAAGUGAUCCAGUGUCGAUGGCACACCAGAGAUCUCUCUUUUUUGUCCUCUUCAGCCGAUAAGACGGUCACAUUAUGGGCAUAUCAGCCUUAAUAUACACCAUUGUGCUGGAUGAGGCCACAAGAAAUAGCACAGAAACAUUCAUUCACCAGAAGUCAUUUAGUAAGAGAGUUCGAGUAUGUUGAUGUGUUUGUAUUACAUAUUGAACUAUAGUGAAAAAUCGACUGACUAUUCAAUUGAAAUGCAUGUCGAAGUUGUGACUUUUUUACAAAAACAAAAAAGCCACACGUAGGUAUGUAUGUGUAGGCUAUUUUAGGUAAACGAAACGGUCCCGAAUAUGUGAGCGAAAUUGUGCCUUGAGGUAUUGUUCUCUGUAGUUACACUGAAUGUCUUGUAAAUAUGGGCUUUUUGUAUAUGCAUAAAUUAUAGUUAGAGUUGUUUAGCACAUUGCACUAUGGACAUUUCACACUUACAAAAAUACUGUUUUAAGCAGCAUGAACUUUCAUCUCUUCAUUGAUACAAAUGUAAAUAAACCAACAUGCUGUAAAUACCAACAGUAGUACAUUUUUAGAAAUAUCUUAUUUUUGAUUGUCAUUUCCGUGAUGCAUUUAUUUAAAUGCAUCGAUUUUGCACACAGCAAAUUCAGCACCUUUCUAUUGACGUAGAGGAAAGUAAUGAUACAUGCUUAAUCACAUGUUUACCUUAUUUAAAACAUGAAAAUGAACAGCUUUACAACUAUGUGGUAGUAUACUUAAAAAACUAAUGUUAAAAGUUUACAGAAAAUUAAUAAAACAUUGUGAAAAGCAUAAAGUCUUAUUUUAAGUAAAUGAUGUAAACAUGACAAAGGCACUUUCAACCAUGUAAUGUUUUGGACAGUCAUUAUUUCCAAGUUAAGGUAGUCAAGCAUUGUUGCCUAUCCUCUGCAUGCAAUGACUGCUUUAAGUCUGUGAAUCCUACCAGAGGUAUCAUUCGUCAUGCCCAUUCAAAUUGAAGGGCCCCUUGUUUUUUUUUAACCCAAAUGGAUUUUGCAUGCAACCUCAAAAUUUAAGAAGCGUCCAUUAAUCUGUUAUUUGACUUUUAAUCUGUUUUAUAUGCACAAUAUUAUGAAUUAUUUAAUUCUAAGGUCCCACGCACCAUUGGGGCCCCUAAAGAUCAUUUCUAUUGGACCCAACCUCAUGUACUUUCAUAGAGCCCACAAUUGCUAGUGGCACCCCUGUACAUAUGCACUGAUUGUAGGACUGUAACGAUUAAUCGUGCAAAUUCGCGUUUUCUCAAUGAAUGAAUUUUUACGAAUUACGGUGAAAUCCCGGCACAUCCCAAAGCCAGGGGGCGCUCUCGUGCAGAAACUCCCUUUGUGCCACAGAAGAAGUAGCAUUACAAAUGCUAUUCCAGGAAAUGUCUAUAGGAAUAUUAAUAUCAUGGUUCUUCAAAUUGUUUCAGUUAUUUUCAUGAUAAUAAAGAAUAUUUUGUUUAACGAGUGUUACUAUUUUAAAUGCACAUUAUAAAUAACUCCGACUCAUAAUGAUUUUAGAUUGAUAAGGACUUCCUACUGACCAAAUGCCGUAAUACACGCACAAGCUGUGCAUGAAACACAGAAUCGCAGCCUUGCGUUUCAGAAUCGAAUUCAGACAUUUUUAAUGGGUCACACGAUUAAUCGUUACAGCCCUAACUGAAGCCCCAGGGCCCACGGGGUUAGGGGGGCCCGUGAUUGGCUGGAGGAAAUGAAAUUGUCAAGUCAUAGGUGGUUGAUUUGUAAAUAAUAAAAUAAGUUAUUGGAAAAUGUGCCUGCCUGAUAUAAUUCACCGCCCAAUCAAAUUAACUCUACAAAGUGCCACCCUGG